UAAAUUUUAUUGUAUUUAUUUUUUUAAUGAAAUGAACAUAUAUACAACUUAACAAAUUCUAAUAAAGAUGAAACUAUUGGAAAUCUAAUUGAAACCAUAAAAUACUGUCACAACAUAAAAUUAGAAUUAUAUACAGAAGCUAACAGUUAACAGCGUACCAGCCGUAAAACAAACAUUCUGUAGUAGCUAGCAAAUGUUUGACUGGCAGGGUGACAAUUUGAACGAAAAAUUAUUUGCACAGAAAUAAGACGCUAUUUUUCCCCAACACAAAGAGAAACAAUAAACACAUGGACGAUCUUAAUCCCUUAGCUGGCACAGCGCAUCUGCUGGAGGAAGUGGACAAAAAAUUAAUGGUGUUACUGCGGGAUGGACGCACCUUAAUUGGCUAUUUGCGAUCCGUCGAUCAGUUUGCCAACUUGGUGCUGCAGCGAACCAUUGAGAGAAUACACGUAGGCAAUCAAUACGGCGAUAUUCCUCGAGGUGUAUUCAUAAUACGCGGCGAGAACGUUGUGCUGCUGGGAGAAAUUGAUCGAGAAAAGGAACAGAAACUGCCGUUGAAGGAAAUCUCAGUGGAUGAAAUACUCGAUGCACAGCGUCGCGAACAAGAACAAAGGCACGAGAAGCAUAGGUUAGUGUCCAAAGCGCUCAAGGAACGCGGCCUAGCCGUCAAUGCGGACAUCAUCAACGAAGAUUUCUGCUAAGCAAAGAAAAGCGUUGCAUUUUCCAAGAAUUAACUAAUGAUUAGAGUAAGCGAAAAACAUUCAUUAAAUUUUUGUCACUUGUAUAUUUGUACUCCAUAAAAAUUGAUUUAAAAACUA